AUGAAUAUAACGCCUUGUUCUUCAACAAAGUCUUCAACAACAUCAAAAUCACAACAACUUACACCAACAACACAAAAUAUUCUUUUAGAAUGCUUUUAUCAUCGUGCUGAAGAUGAAGAUCUAGUAUUAGUUCCAUCACUAGAGGAGGAAUUAACACAGUAUUUGUCUUCAAAUAUUACAGUGGAACCUAUUGGUGAUGUCUUAUUGUUUUGGAAAAAACAUCAGAAUACAUUUCCAACUCCCGCUUCAAUAGUAAAAACUAUUUAUAAUAUUCCAGUUUCUAAUACUACAGUCGAGCGUUUGUUUUCUACAGCUGGUAAUACUAUUUCUGAUCGACGAACAAACUUAGAUGGCGAAAAGGUGAAUAAAUUACUUUUUCUUAAUAAAAAUCUAGUGACAUUAAAAGAAUUUGAUCGUCAAAAAUUGUUAUUCAUGCAUGAAAAACGAAAACUAGAUCAAAUGUUAUUGGCUUUGUCACCAACAAACUCGAACAACGUCGAUGCCAACGAUGGUGACGAAGAAUAA